AUGAACAACGAUUCCAUCAAUUUAAUCACGAGCCCGCCGCGGGUCGGCGGGUCUGGGGCUGUGGAUCAUGAACUCGUUAUCACUUCCACUUUCGGGACGCUUCUCUCCUUUGUUUACAUCAUCGGGGUGUCGGGGAACGUGUACACCCUGGUGGUGAUGUGUCACUCAAUCCGCCUCGCCACUUCGAUGUACAUCUCCAUCAUCAACCUGGCUCUGGCGGACCUCCUCUACCUCUCCACCAUCCCCUUCGUGGUGUCCACAUACUUUCUGAAGGACUGGUACUUCGGGGAUGUGGGCUGCCGCAUCCUGCUCAGUCUGGACCUCCUCACCAUGCACGCCAGCAUCUUCACCCUCACAGUCAUGUGCGCAGAGCGGUAUCUGGCCGUGACUAAGCCGCUGGACACGGUAAGACGCUCCAAGAGUUACCGUAAAGGUCUGGCGUGGGGGGUCUGGCUGCUGUCUCUGGUCCUGACUUUGCCCAUGAUGAUAAUGGUCGCGCAGACAACUAAAAACACGCCGGACGGGGGAGUGAAGAGGAUGUGCGCUCCCACCUGGGCGCCUCUAGCUUAUAAAGUGUAUGUGACUGUCCUGUUUGGCACCAGUAUCAUGGCACCGGGACUCAUCAUCGGUUACCUGUACAUCAAGUUAGCCCGCACUUAUUUAGAGUCCCAGCGAAACUCAGUGAUCAGCAGGGGCGGUACUAAGCGGUCCCCGAAGCAGAAAGUUUUAAUCAUGAUCUUCACCAUCGUGUUGGUGUUCUGGGCUUGUUUCCUGCCGUUCUGGAUCUGGCAGCUGCUGCCUCUCUAUCACUCCAAGCCCCUGAGCCUGGCCUCGCAGACACACACCUGCAUUAACUACCUGGUGGCGAGUCUGACGUACAGCAACAGCUGCAUUAACCCUUUCCUCUACACACUCCUCACCAAGAACUACAGGGAGUACCUGAAGAACAGGCACAGGAGCUUCUACAGGUACACGUCUUCUUUCAAGCAGCGGCCGCCCAGCCUCUACUCGUGGGGGAAGUCUGCCUCCUCCAGCAACCAGUUCGAGUUCAACUCCGAGACGCUGGUCAUGGGGGCACUGAAGUGA